GUGGAGCGUCACACUAAAAAAUACCGGGAAAUCUUUCCGCGUUGUUGAGAUGUCGUUUAAGAACAUACAGUCUAGUGAUAUUUAAAAGCAUAUUUGGUUUGCUUUGUGGACGAGGCGCCAUGGAUGAAUAUGACGAAAUAUUUGAAAUUGAGGACAACUUUGAGGAGCAGUUCGCUGAUGAGUUGGAUGCGUUGGCUCAGUUGGAGGAAGACUUUUCCAAGCCAGUGAAGCGUCAGAGGCAGAAUGCAGGUGAUGACGCAACAGACAUACAACAUCCUCUCUCUAAUGAACCAAUCACUCCAAAGUCAAAGCGGCACAAGCAGGACACAGGUGUGGUGAAACGACUUUUUAACUCUUCGCAGAGUGAUGACAUCACACCACCAUCCUCCCCAGAGCAAUAUGAAGCACCUGAUAUUGCCAGGUCUUCCUCAGCCGCCCUGGAUAUCAGUGGCUUCGCUACAAUAUCAGAGUCUCCAAGGCGACCUGUUACCAUGGCGACGCAGUCACGCGUGCUGAAGAGACCCCCGCUCGAGGGUGACUACAUCACGAUCACUGACUCGUCGGGGAGUCGCGUCUAUCUCCGCCAGAAGGACACAGAAGCAGACAAGCUCACAGGGGGCAGAAUGCUACCCGACUCUCAGGGUUCCUUGGGUCUUCUCGCUGUGCCAAUUGGUGUGCUGAGAGAGCAGGAAGCAGAGCGGCGCCACCAGGAGGUUGUAGCGGAGUCGCAGCGCCUCACAGAGCUCUUAGCCAGCAGUGUCAAUGAUGUCAUUGUUGAGCCUGAAAGUAGGGAGGAUGAAGAGGACGAUGCCGAAGACUCACAGGGUCGAAGCUGUCGCCUCUGGGUUGAUAGAUUUUCUCCCCGGCACUACACCGAGCUGCUCAGCGAUGACUUUACCAACCGUUGUCUGCUGAAGUGGUUGAAGCUGUGGGACACUGUUGUUUUCGGAAAAGAGAGGAAGGCCCGCCCAAUGCGGCCCGAUAGACAAGCACCCAUCCAAACCUCAUUCAAACCUAAUCAAGCCAAUCUGAAACAAAAUCGCUUCAAGACCAAGAUGGAGAUGACUGAGGAGAUACUGGAGGCUGAAUUGGACCAGUACAAACGACCCAAAUUUAAGGUGGCAAUGUUGUCUGGUCCUCCGGGUUUGGGAAAGACCACCUUGGCUCACGUUAUUGCAAAGCAUGCUGGUUACAAUGUGGUGGAAAUCAACGCCAGUGAUGAUCGCAGUGCAGAGGUGUUCCAGAAACGCAUCGACACAGCGACACAAAUGAAGUCUGUUUUGGGAGCCAACGAGAAGCCAAACUGCCUAAUUAUUGAUGAGAUUGACGGCGCACCUGCAGCUGCCAUCAACAUUCUAUUAGCAACCCUGAACAGGAAAGAUGGACUUGGCAGCGAUGCCAGCACAGAGUCUACAAAGAAGAAAAAGAAGAAGGAGCCCAUUCUUCUCCGACCAAUCAUCUGCAUCUGUAAUGACUUGUAUGUUCCAGCGCUACGACCUUUGAGGCAGCAGGCCUUCCUCCUGACAUUCCCCCAGACUCAGCCCUCCCGUCUGGCUCAGAGACUUGCAGAGAUCUCACUCCGGCAGGGGAUGAAGGCAGACACAGGCACGCUAAUGUUGCUCUGUGAAAAGACGGACAACGACAUCAGGUCUUGCAUCAACACACUCCAGUUCCUCUUCGGCCGAGGUCACAAACAGCUCGACACCAGGACCAUCCAGUGUGUGUCUGUGGGCCAGAAGGACCAAAACAAAGGCUUGUUCCAUCUGUGGCAGGAGAUCUUCCAGUUACCUCGCACAAAACGGAAACGUAUUGGUGAGAGGUUUGAGGAAGUUCCUGGAUCAGGAGGUGGAGCUCAGAGAUUUCAGCAUGUUCUUCACUUGGCCUCAUCUAGUGGCGAAUAUGAGAAGGUUUCUCAGGGUUUGUACGACAACUAUUUGUCCAUGAGAGUGCGAGAUCCCAACCUGCAGUGUGUGUGCGAUGCUCUGGACUGGAUGGUGUUUUCAGACAGGCUGAACCAAGUCAUCUUGCACGGGCAGAACUUCUCCCUCAUGAAGUACCUGCCUUUCCUGUCUGUCGCUUAUCACUUCCUGUUUGCCCACCCGCACGUGCCACGCAUCAGCUAUCCACACAGCCACCACGAGGCGUCCUCUCGCCUCCUCAGCAGUAGGAAUGCUUUGUCCACCAUGUUGGCCGACAUAACACCCGGAAUCAGAACCAGGGUCAGCCACCUCAGCCUCACCCUGGAUAUUCUCACGCUGCUCCUUGACAUCAUCUGCCCCAAACUACGCCCUGUGAACCCCCAGCUGUUCAGCAGCAGAGAGAAGGAGCAGAUGUGCGAGCUGAUCGACACCAUGUUGGCCUACAACCUUUCUUACCGACAGGAUCGCACGCCUGAGGGACAGUACACAUAUGUUCUGGAGCCGCGUGUGGAGGAGGUAGUGAGGUUUCCAGGCCUGCCGCCGCGCCGUCAGUUGACCUAUCAGGCCAAACAAACCAUCAGCAGAGAGAUGGAGCAGGAGAAGAUGAGGAGAGCCGAGCUAAUCAUGCUACAGCGCAACCCUGCAGCGAAAGAGGCGGAGAAAAACAGGGCCGGCCCUAAGCACAGCAAAAACCACCAGCAGAGGUUGGAGAACAUUGUCAAACAGACCACAGUGGAAACCAGGCCAGAGGUGGAUUUCUUUGGCCGGGCUGUUGCACCUAAACCUCAGAGCGCGUCCACAUCUUUGGACACAGGUGAGAAGUGUGCCGUCCUUGCCAUGGGGAAGGCUGUGGGCAACAGCGAUGUGUGGUUCCGAUUCAAUGAAGGCAUGUCCAACGCCGUGCGGAGAAAUGUUUACAUCCGGGAACUCUUGUAAAGCCUCAAAAUAUCCUACCUGUAUGGUUUUCUAGUAUGUUUGCAUGAGUUCUUUCUAAUCAACAUACCUCUCAUUAAUUCUAAACAGUCUUUAUUUUGAUUGACAGUGUAAAGAGCCAAUAAAAACAAACAUCUAAAAAGCUACUCAGUGCUGUGCAUACACACACACACACCUACACACACACACACAUACAUACACACGCACCAGUCUUAAAAUAAGAGCAUUCAAGUUCUCCAAAUAAAUAGUUAUAGCAGUAGUGCAUGUGUGUGUUUAGUGCUGUGUGAACAUGUGAGUGCCCAAUAUUGAAGUUUGUGGUGCAUCCGUGCAUUGCCUGUGUGUGUAAAUACAUUUAUAUGUGUGUUUGUGUGUGAUCAUCAGAGGAUCACACACUUGCCUUUCUCCACCCAGGGGUUAGCUCUCAUCAGCUCAGGGUUCAGGAAAGGAUCCUCGCAAACGCAACCCUCGAUCCACUUCACCAGCCUGACGAAAAACACACACACUUAGCUUAUUCCAUGCCGGAUUGUCAAGCAUCUUCAGUGUGUGUUUCUGUGUUGUCUGUCCGCACUCACUCGGUGACGGUGAUGGAGGAUUUCUCCCUGUUGAUGGCCAGCUGAUACUGAAGAGAUUCCACUUCUCUCCGCAUCUGAGGAACAUCUAAGUCAUCCAUGCUUGGUAUUCGUCACACUGCCAUGACGACAAAGCAAAGAGAGAGGUGGUGCAUGACAGAUGCGUCUGGAAUACUCUUUAAAUAGCACCAUCUUCAAGCGCUACUUUCUAUUUCUGAUUCCUCAUUGAAACUCCGUAAUAUGAAUACUAUACCCAUUUGCCACAACGUUAGGUACACCUGCACAACAAAAGAGCCGCAGCAACAAUUCUGCCUUUAAGCAAUUAACACUGUAAGGUAAGUAUUAAUUUAACAUUAUGCGGUCUUCCCUUGCUGUAUUGCAUUUCAAAUAUUGCUCC